AUGUCUAUAUUGAAAUACAAAAAUCAAAAGAUGACCGUGCGUGAUGCUUUGAACCAAGCUCUGGAGGAAGAACUGUUGCGCGACGAAAAGGUGUACAUCCUUGGUGAAGAAGUUGCCCAGUAUAACGGUGCCUACAAGGUCACCAAGGGAUUGUUGGACAAGUUCGGAUCAAAGCGAGUCAUUGACACCCCUAUCACCGAGAUGGGUUUUGCCGGUCUGGCUGUUGGCUCGGCCAUGAGUGGCCUCAAGCCUGUCUGUGAAUUCAUGACCUUCAACUUUGCCAUGCAGGCUAUCGAUCAAAUCGUCAACUCUGCCGCAAAGACUCACUACAUGUCUGGCGGUACCGUCAAGGUCCCCAUCGUGUUCCGUGGUCCCAACGGUGCUGCUGCCGGUGUUGCCGCCCAGCACUCGCAGUGCUAUGCCGCAUGGUACGGCUCUGUGCCUGGCCUGAAGGUUGUCUCGCCAUGGAACUCGGAAGACGCCAAGGGUCUUUUGAAGGCCGCCAUUCGCGACCCCAACCCUGUCGUUGUCCUUGAGAACGAGUUGGAGUACGGUGUCUCCCACCCCAUGUCCGCCGAGGCCCUCUCCAACGACUUUGUCUUGCCCAUCGGCAAGGCCAAGGUCGAGCGCGAGGGUAAGGAUAUCACCAUCGUCUCACACUCGCGCUCCGUCGGUUUCUCCAUCAAGGCCGCCGAGGAGUUGGCCAAGAGCGGUAUCUCUGCCGAAGUCAUCAACUUGCGCACCAUCCGUCCCCUCGAUGUGGACACCAUUGCCCAGUCGAUCAAGAAGACCCACCGUAUCGUCACUGUGGAAGGUGGCUGGGCCUCCUUUGGCGUUGGCUCUGAGAUCGCUGCUCAGGUCAUGGAAUCUGACGCUUUCGACUACUUGGAUGCCCCCAUGGUUCGCGUCGCUGGUGCCGAUGUCCCCACCCCCUAUGCAAAGAACCUUGAAGACUUUGCCUUCCCUGAUGACAAGGUCAUUGUCAAGACUGUUAGAGACGUUUUGGACAAGAAGAUUGGCGCAUAA